AGCCGAGCGACGGGCUACUACGCACCUAUUUUGAGAGAGAAUUCCCAAGUCUUUGCUCCCCAACUGGCGAGACCUUUAUAAGGCUGCAGACUUCCAAGUCUUUGCUCUUCCACUGAACAAGGCGAACGCUUUUCGUCAUUCAAGACUCGAAGAUUCUCAUCAUGGAUUCAACAACCCCCAGGGGACUAGACACUCCUGACCUCGCAUACUCAGCAACCUACCCAUUACUCCCAGACAAGACUGAACAGGGUCAAACCGUCAACUGUAUAUCCCGUCCCCCUAGCUCUAUUUUCAAAGUCGAACCAUCCGGCCGCAAGGAGCCUUCAAAAGUAGCUGUCAGCAGAGGUCUUCCAUGGCCGGAAUUACUCACUCAUAUUGUUGGCCUUGGUGUCACAAUCACAAUAGUCUGGAUAAACUACAGAAAGCUCUACUCCACAAAGCUAGAAACAAUAUUGAUGAGCAACGAGGACGUUUCCCUUAACAUGUGGCAAGUCGCGUCCAAGGCUCACGAAUUGGUCCUGGUUUCGUCUCUGUCCUUCAUCGCCCUCCAUUACAUGCGAGAGUACCUCCUGGGACCGCAAGGCUUACCUUUCGGUCUGCUAGGCGCUCCAUAUAUUUGCGGCACUGUCUCGAUGAUGUUUCAGGUUCCUUUCUGGUUCCAUGGAGUUCGGAAACUAAGAUACGCCCCCUACGCAACUCUGCUGCUCAUCAUCUGCAUCUUGUCGCUCUUCCUUGGUCCCUUUUCAGCAAUGGCCAUGAUACCGCGCCGUGGCUGGUAUGUUGUCGAUACUCCUUUUCAAGAUCAGUCGGGUGUUAUAUAUACGACCAACCAGAAUCAAUGGAGGACAACAUUAAACGAGACCAAAACAUACGGCGGAACUUGCAACGAUGUUUCACCGUUGCUGUAUAUCGAGGGCCCUUGCCCUGGCGUUGGCCUGUCAGAGAUCAUGUUCUGGUGGCAAGGCCAUAUCAGCAAUGGGGCAGAAGCCGGUAUCGUCUUCGAGGACACUUACUCCGACGCACAGCGUCAUUUGAGCAUAGGGACACUGGAAAGAGUCGCAGAUUUUCAAUUCGGCACUGUUUCCACAGCAAUCACCAAAACAAUCCUGCUUGGAGCGGGUGGACUCUGGAGCUACGUACGUGAGAAUAUUCCAAGUCUUGCCAGUAUCAAUUCUCCAGAGUUUCGCAUUGCUCCUGAAACUGCAAUAUACCAGCCCAUCGUUCAUGUCGAAUGCAAUACUCAGAUAUGGGACCAGAACCAAACUACUCCAAACAUUACCUUCCCAACAGCAGAGAUUGGGUGGAACGAUGUGAGUCAGGACCCGUUCGUUCUGAACGUGGAGUCAGACACGUGGGGCCAGUGGCGUAAUUUUUCUAAACGUCGCUUUUCCUGGAUCAGAGACGAUCGCACAGGUAACAACACAUCCUCCAUACUUGCUCUUACCGGACUUCCCAUAUCGGAAAGAAACCUGUACCCCAACCCACCCCAGUAUGCACUGGUUCCCUGCUCGAUCGAUGCUAGAUGGGUGGCAGCCAAUGUUUAUUACCAGCCCAGAAAUUCGACAAAGGUCUCGAGCAACGUAACUGACAACCUGGGCGAGCUCCAUUCACGAAAGAUAGGCAAGACAGGCACAGCCGAAGACUUCAGACGUCGCUAUGGCAUGUCUGACAAGCCCAUCGACAUCCAGACUGACUUCGCCAAGUGGAUAACCAAUGUUAGCAUCUACGAUCACAGUCCUGACUGGGUGAGUGGCGACGUGCUUCUAUCAGAACUUCCAAUAUUCGGACCCGACGGAUACGCUUCGAAGUUUAACCUCUCUCUGAAAGCCUCCGAAUCACCUAUCGCAGCCAGAGACGCCUUCUUCGCCGAGUCCAUAUCCAAGCUCAUGAGCGUACUCAUCACAAACGGUCUCACCGCUCCCGGGCUGUUAGAAACUGUGAUGCUAGACACAAGCACCAACAGAAGCGAGGCCUCAUUAAUCAAUCUCCGCGAAACCCGCUCCGCCCUCUACCUUGAACAAGGCAUACAAAUCAGCCCCGAAGAACAUGAAAACAUGACCUACUUGAACAACGAAGCCUUCAAAUUCCGCUUCAAUGUCAGGCAGCACGGCUACGGCUGGCAGAUUGACAGCACGUCAACAAAAGUCGCCGUCUGCUUCCUUCUGAUCUACUGUGCCCUGGUCACGUUGCACUUUGUAUCCAUCAUCCUGCUAUGGUCGUUCGGUCGUUACAAGUACUGCUCUGCCUGGGGUGACAUUAGUGCGCUGGUCGCACUGGCGUUCAACUCCACACCUGACGAUAAGCUGAAAGGAACUGGAGCUGGGAUCAAGAAGAACUCCACUUGGGCGUCGCUUGUCAACGUCAGAGCAGUGCACGACGACACCCUCGAGAUGAAGCUCACCGCAGUGAAUGCUAGGAGUGGGUGGGAGCAUGAGAAGGUCAAGAUCGACGUGAAGUAUGAUUGAGUAGUAGAAAAGUAGUAGUGUUCAUCGCAGACUUGCUUUCCCUUUGCCACUUGCAGAACAUCGAUGUCACCUCUCCCCUCAUACCUA